AUGGCUUCUCCGCAGGUCACCUCCGCUCUUGCAGCCAUCGAAGCCACGCCCCACCAGGCCACCAAGCUCCAGCAGUACAACGACCUGCUCAAUGAUAUCGUGGCUAGCUCUACCGGCGACGAGCUCGCCCAGGACAUUGUCUACUAUCUCGACUCCAUCCUCAAUGAAAAUAUCAGCAUUGUCGCUACACGACCCCUCCUCGACUCAUUUAUCGCCGUUCUCCGCAAUUUUGACCCCGAAGUCAAGAUUAAAGUCGGUCAACACGCUGUCACAUUACUUCAAUCUCGCGCCACCUCAGUCGAAGAACAAGACUCACAAAUCCGUGAAAUAUUGGCCGAGGCAUACGAGUCAGAGGAAGAGUACACUGCCGCAGCGCGGGCGCUUUCGGGCAUCAACAUCGACAGCUCGCAGCGGCUAGUCUCUGACGCAGCCAAGGCUCGACUCUGGAUCCGCAUUGUGCGGUAUUAUUUGGAGGAUGAUGACACUACAAGCGCUGAAGCAUUCUUGAAUCGUAUCAAGAACUUGCCCAGCAAGCUUGAGGACCAUGAUGCAAAGCUUUACUUCCAGCUGUCGCAGGCGCGAAUUCUCGAUGCUCGGCGUCGGUUCUUGGAUGCUGCGCAGGAAUACUUCAGUGUCAGUCUUGCUCAAGGUGUUGACGAGAGUGACCGGCUCACGGCCUUGUCGGCUGCCAUCCGCUGUGCGGUUUUGGCACCUGCGGGUCCGCAGCGUUCACGUACUCUCUCCCGUCUCUACAAGGAUGAUCGUGCUUCAUCUGUAGAAGAGUUCUCUAUCCUCGAAAAAAUGUUUCUCGAUCGUCUCUUGAAUCCCGAUGAGGUUGCUGCAUUUGCUAAGAAGCUCCAGCCCCAUCAACUCGCUGUCACUGCUGACGGCACCACUGUGCUCGACAAGGCAGUCAUUGAGCACAAUCUUGUCGCUGCGAGCAAGCUGUACGUAAACAUCUCUGUUGAUGCGCUGGGGUCGAUCUUGGGCCUUGUGGAGUCCGCCGAAAUGUCUGCUGGUGAGAAAGCGCAGGACUACGCCGCGAAAAUGGUGGAGCAAGGCCGUCUCAGUGGUCAGAUCGACCAGAUUGAUGGAAUAAUCACAUUCGACACAGAGGCUGCUGGGUCGACUGGUGCGACUGGCGCCAACCUGCGACAGUGGGACCUGGGUGUGCAGGAACUUGCUGAGGAUGUUGAACGUGUCGCCGCUAGUAUCACCGAGCGCUUCCCGGAUUUUGCUACUAGCCAGAUGGUUCAAUGA